CGGGGAGGGGGAGGCAAAGGAGAGGCACAUCCGCCCCAAACACUGUGCAAAGAAAAAAAAAGUCUGGGAGACAAACAGAGAAAGAGUUGCGAAGGCAGGAGGAAAAAAUGGGACAGGGCCGGAAAGGUUCUUCAGACAAGAAGCAGAGGCAGAAGAACAGAGAUGACAGCCCGGCACCAGAGGAUGGGAAUAAGUGCAGAGUCUGCCGUUUCCCUCUGCUCGUCGCCCUGCUGCAGCUACUGCUAGGGGUGGCUGUCACAGCCGUGGCCUUCCUCAUGUUGGCCAUCAGCUCCUCACUCACGGCCCGGGAGACUCCACACUGGGCUGGGAUCAUUCUUUGUUUAGUUUCUAUCGUUGGGUUCUUCCUCUACUGCAUCACCUACCAGCCAGAUGAAAGAACGUCUGCGCAGUUCAUUGUCAAGCUCCUGUAUUUUGUCCUGUGCACCAUCGGCCUGGUCGUUUCGGUGCUGGUCGUGGCCUUUGCUGGACACCACCACUCCCAGGCCAGCAGCUUCAUCUGCCAGCCGGCGGGAGAGGACUGCGUGUGUGUGCUGGACCGGAGCGACCCGAUAGCCCGCACCUUUGACUACGUGGGGGUCGCCGACUGCGAGGCCAUCACCGGCACCCUCACCUUUUACUUCCUGCUCCAGGUGCUGCUGAACCUUGCCCAGGCGCUGGUCUGCGCCGUCGGGGCCUUCAUCAUGUGGAAGCAUCGCUAUCAGGUCUUCUUCGCCGGGAUCCAGAUCAGCUCUCCCUCCACCCAGCAGUGGCAGAAAGUUUAAGAUGUCCGCGUAGAACCAAGGUCAUAAUCUCUCCGGUGCGAUCAAGCUCUCAAGGACAGGGGCCUUUUGGGUGUGUGCCUUAGUGUGUUUAUCCUGUCUGUCAGCUGCAGACAGGUGACAAAAAGUACUGCUUUUGAUAAUCUUUUCAGGAAUUUUUAAUGCUACUGUUCUGCGUCAUUUUCACUGAGGCACAGGGCGGAUAAGAAAAAAACAAGUCUGCUGAGAUGUGCUGCUCCCCUUCAACAGCGUGCUGCUGUUCGGCAGCAGUUUAAAAAGUAACAACCCGGGGAGGUUUUAUACGACCACUGGGCAAUGCAGCUAUAAAAUCUGCUACCGUCCAGAUGUUUUCUUCAUAUUCCCAGGAAAAUGGGGGGUUGGUUCGAUGUGAUCUCAGCUGAUUGCAGCUGCGUGAAUCGCUGACUUUCAGCGUCGUUUGCGAUCACAAAUCAGUACUUCCCCCGGCACAACCCAACGUUAGCAGAAUUUGCGAUGGAAAACAAAACGAGAUGACAAACGGCCGUAAUAAAUCACGUGGAAUAUUCAACCAGUCAGAAAGUACCAAUCCAAAAGGUCAGGGUAGUCCUCAGUAGCAACGACCUCCUCCCAACAGGGAUGUUUUCUGGGCUGGGUUUUCCUUUUUCUGAUUCCUGCCCAACGUCUCUGCCCAGAUGGGAAGAUCAGUUCUCCACGAAGCAGAUUGUUUCUUUUAUUGCUUCGCUUACUUAAUAAUUGUGACAGAGAUCAUUAAUCAAUAAAACCUUAACAGAUAUGAUUCACAUCAUGUUCACCAGAUGAAUGAGAGGCAGCUCCAAUCUUUGAUCUGUCGUCCUUCUGCAGCUGAACAUAAUAUGUGGUGCUUUUAUAAUGUCGGAGCGUUUUGCACAAAACGUUUUUUCUUGGAGUUUCCAGUGUUGCCAAAUGAUGAUUUUAGAACCCAAAAAGAACAGAAUCAUCAUUUAUCUAUUUGUCUUUUCCACGAGUUUUGCUUUGUUUCUAAAUAUGUUGAUGUUCUCUCCUGUGUAUGCCACCUGCAAUCCCAGACACGUCACUGACACCCGUGAUGUAGCUGAAAACACCGAAACUGCACUUCUUUUGCUUUUUUUUUUUUUUUUUUUGUGGCUGGGGUUUACUGAUCAGGAUUAAGCGUUUCAAAGAGCCUUUUGCUCUGUGCUCAAGUUUUCACAUCCAUAACUGAUGCAAAUUAUUUGAUUGGUUAUGAUUCUGUGUCAGCAACUUUGUUCAGUUGUGUUAUCAGUGUAAGAUUUAAGCUUAAAAGAACUGUUUUCACAGAAUAAAAUGGUCAAAUAUUAAUGAAA